AUGGCAGGUGUGGUGGCGCUGCAGCGCGAGGAGGGGCACCCGGAGGAGCCGCCGCCCGAGGAGAACAAGGCGGCGGCGGCCCCCUGCCCCUGGUCGGCUGCGGUGGCGAAACGGUACGAGCGCCGCGAGAAGCUGGGCCAGGGCAUGUUCGGCGACGUGUACAGAGCGUGGGACCGCGUGGACGGGCGGUUCGUCGCCGUGAAGAGGCUCGCCGGGAGGACCGGCGGCGGCUUCGUGCAGGCGGGCAUCCGCGACUUCGCGCGGGAGGCCAUGUCCCUCGCGGCGUGCCGCGGCCACCCGGCGGUCGUCGAGCUCCUGGCCACCUACGCCGACAGCGCCCGCGGCGACGGCGACUGCUUCCUCGUCACGGGGUACGCCGGGCCUGUGAACCUGCGCCAGUACAUGGCGCUCCGCCGCCGGGAGGGCCCGCCGCUCGACGAGGACGAGGUGCGCGACGCCAUGCGCCAGCUCCUCGCCGGCGUGAAGCGCGCGCACGGGGCCGGCGUGCUGCACAGGGACGUCGUCCCCGAGAACGUGAUCGUCGGCCAGGAGGACGUGAUCGCCGCCGGCGACGUGCUCGUCGGGAGGAAGAAGAUGGUCUACAAGAUCUGCGGCUUCGGCAUGUCUGAGCCGGCGGCGCAGGCGGAGAAGGACGGCUCCGGGCCGCUGGCGUCGCCGGCCCCGUACCGCGCGCCGGAGCUCUUCCUGUCCUCCAAGGACUACGACGGGCGGGUGGACACGUGGGGGCUCGGCUGCAUCAUGGCGGAGCUCCUCGCCGGCACCGGCGAGCCGUUCUUCGGCGGCAAGCUGGACACCGAGGUCUUCGAGAGGAUGCUGCGCGUGGUCGGCGCCAAGGGCAUCGUCACGUGGUCCGGGCUGGAGAGGGUGGCGGCGAGCGAUCGGGCGGACUACCUGCGGAAGCACUGCCGGAAAGAGCGCGGCUGCCUGCGGGAGGUGUUCCCGAGGGAGGUGCUGUCGCCGGCGGGCUUCGAGGUCUUGAAAGGGCUGCUGCGGAGCAACCCGGAGCGCAGGCUCACGGCCGCGGCCGCGCUCCGGAAGCCAUGGUUCCGGCGCCCUGGCUUCGGAGGCUGCUUCGGGCCUUGUGGUGGAGGCGCCUCUCCUUAG